AUGCCCUGGCAGCCUCUUCCUCGCAUUGCCUUCGCCGUUGCGACAUAUCCUUUCGCCGCCUCGGGCCCGGCCGAUCUCCCCCUCGAACUCGGCGAUGAGCUAUACAUCAUUGAAGAAACCCCAGAUGGCAACUGGUUGCGUGGCUACUUGGUAGCCCCACCCAGUCUGCUGGCCGGACUGACAUCCGUCAAGGGCCAAACACUUGAAGCCCGCGUUUUCAGUGGCAUCUUUCCCCGAAGUUGCGUCGAAGUCCGCGAGGUUUUGGGCGAAUCUGACGACACGGAGGAGCUGGACGAUGCCACAAGCGACGAUGCUGCUGCUGCUGGCGAUAUUCAACUCGGUAGCGACUCGGGAAAGAGCGGAUUGACGCCGACUGCUACCGAGAAACCCAAACUGAAAGACGGUCACAAACCACUAGCAAGCUCACGAGGAUCCAAGGGCUCCAGAAUCGAGAUCAAGGGGCGCAAACCGCUCGGCGAACUUCCCAACGGUACUCGGGGCCGACUCUCCAUCCCCGUCAAGCGCGAUCCUGACGCACCACGACCGGCCGCACCUGUACCGAUGCUCAAGAUUGGCGAUGAAACCCCAACAUCGGCGGCCGAACCGCUCAUUGACGAAAUCGCCAGCUGCCUUCGCGAGUGGCAUUCGACCAACCUCCACGGUCUACUUCUUUCCCGCCAGUACCCUCGCCUGGAGAAGCUAUCACAAUUGAUCCAGACACUCAACCUCAGCCGACAACAGUUCCUCCACAACGUCCUCACACGACACGAAUAUGACAAGUUGCGCGAAAAAACAGUAUGGGACCUAGUGCGUGUCAAUAAGCUUUGUGGAGGGGAAGUCAUCGUCCGAGACCCCGCCGACCGUGGACGAGUAUUGACGGGCGAUGACUCGGUAGUAGACAUCACCAAGUUACAGUCUGUUAUGAGCGUUCUGGACGAGCCACCAGUGCCCACUGUAGAGCCGACGGCUCUGCACCACCUGCUCGUUGACGUGAAGGGAUUCGCCGGUGCAUCGGCAGAGGAGACAUCCCUGGUAGUCUAUCUUGUAGCAAAGCCGGUGGGAGGACAGGCCGCCACCCUCACUGAAUGCUUCAUCAUCGACAUACCACCCGGCGGAACGAUAGGAAGUCUGGCGAAAUCGGGCCAAACUCGAACAAUAUUCGCCGAUCUUUCAGCACAAGACAUUGGCGACGUUGUAUCAGCAGAAACCGAGCUAUACCUCGUCGUCAAGGUGCGCUCGAGUCAACAAGUUAUUCCCAGCGGGAAGCCGGAUUCUCGUUCUGGCGCCAAGUCACAGGGUGGAGGAUAUUCCAAAGAUCCCACAAAGCCACCCUCUGCGAGUAGCAACAAGCCUUCUAGAAGAAGUCUAAUGUGGGGGUCCAAGAGUGGCCGUUCAGCCUUUUCGAGAGGGAAUGCCACACCGAAGCUUGAUUCACUAACAGAGCAGCCCGAGGGUCGCCCGCCGACCCAGGACGAGAGCCAAGACAGCGCCGCACCUCCCAGCACUGCCGGCUCUAGACCGCGCGGCUCGUUCGAUGGCGGCUCAGGCUUCCACAUGGCGGAACGGACGGUGGGAAUUGGUGUUCUCAAACUCAAUGCAGUCAUGAAGCAGGAUGAAGAUGUGGAGCAGGUCGUGAGCAUUUGGUCGCCAUCACCUACACUCCCAACAGAGAAGCAGGGCCUCCACGAGGAAUGGGACACCCUUAUUCGAGACCUUAUGGACAGCAAGAGUGGGCAUUACGAAAAGUCGCGCCGAACCGAACGAGUACAGGUGCACCUCAAAUCCUUCAAUCACCCGGAUGUGGAUGCGCUGGUCAAAAUAACGCCAACCAUGUUGGCUGGCAUUCGCAAAACAAACAAGAUGGGCUUCUCUGGCGCGCCUACAAAAGCUAGAUCGGAUGUUUACGUUACGAUCGAUACUGCUGCGCUCUCUAAGCAAAAUCUGUUGUCACGAUAUGCAGGCAACCCCACCACUCUCUCCGGGAGUGUACAUGGAAAUAAUCUGCAGGUUACACUGGAGGUACGAAGAACAGGCGGGGAGAAGAUCCCGAACUGCAUCUAUUCUUCGUCCAACACCGAGGGAGUUACCACGUGGAAAUCUGUGGUUGUUGAGAGGGGGGAGCACUGGAGCCAAACUGUCCGACUCGCCGUUCCACCGGAAGAUGUCUUCACUUCGCACAUCGUCAUGUUCCUAUCCGACAUGCCGAAUGCCCCGUUCGCGGUUGCCUACAUGCCGCUGUGGAACCAAGAGGCCUUUGUCCGAGACGGAGCACAUGCCCUACUGUUAUACAAGACGGAUGAGUUUACCUCGACGGCCCAAGCUGGCCCGACCGGCAAAGGGGGCUAUCUGUCAUUGCAGUGGAGUGCUAGAGGAAACGACGAACACUCUUCCGAGGUGACCGGCCCUCUUGCGAUCCUUCGUGUCGACACAUACCUAUGCAGCACACGAUUCUCCCAGGAUCGCAUCGUUCUGGGCUUGCUCAAGUGGAAAGAGGGCCCCAAGGAAGAUAUCCCGAUGCUACUAAAGCAUCUGAUUUUCGUUCCCGAAAUCGAGGUUGUCAAGCUCCUUAGUGACGUUCUUGAUGCCCUCUUCGCUGUCUUAGUGGAGCACUCGGGCAACGACGAAUACGAAGACCUUGUGUUCACUGCACUGGUUAGAGUCCUGGGCAUUGUACACGACAGACGUUUCAACCUCGGCCCGCUCGUUGAUCACUAUGCGGAGAACCGCUUCAACUACCCGUUUGCCACGGCCUGUCUUGUGAGAUCGUUCACUCGCCUGCUGGAGAAGCCUGCCGAGGCCCAGACUUCGAGGAAGCUCCGCUCCACCUUCAAGGUCGUGCGACAUAUCCUCAAGUUCAUUACCUAUGCUCGAGGCCAGCAAAAGGCCAAGGAAGCCGGAAUAGGUAUCACGACUUCGCACUCCGCCCCUGGUUUCACUCGAGAAUUGAGGAAUAUCUUCAAGGCUCUAGAUUCCAUGAUGCGCAGCAACGCUCCUGUCCUUGUUGGCAGUCAGACGUUGGCUGUUCAACACUUUCACACCUGGUUGCCAGAGCUGACAGGACUCCUGACGACCGAGGAGAUUUUGCAUAUUGCUAUCGAUUUCCUCGACUCAUGUUCGCUUGUUAAGGGCAAGCUGGUCCUGUACAAGCUGGUGCUCAUCAUCAACUACUCCAAGUUGGAGAUCUUUUCACACCCGGAACAAAAGUCAGCUCUGACGGCCAAUACCGUCCGGUGGAUCGCACCGCACUGGGGUCACAAUGAAGACGUGACUGAUUCCUGGAAGGAGCAAGUCCGUCUCUGCUGCUCAAUUCUCGCCGGUCAGAUCGACAAUCUUGGCGCUGAGAUCCCCGACUAUCUGCCAAAGAUCAUUGAUUCAUACCUGUCUAUCGUGGCCACUCCGAGCAAGCCUCGCAGCCGCCUUUCACUUCUCUUCCCAACUUCAUACCCCUUCCCAUCCAAGCCUAUCGCGGAGGAGUCUACCUUUGACGAAGCCUUGGUUGAGCUAUCUGCAAUUUUGUCGGCAGUUUCGAAUUCCCCUAGCGGCAUGCAGCUGGAACUCACUGAAGGUGACUUGACUGCCCUCCUCGAAAAUACCCUUCGCGUACAUAUGAGCAUCUUGAUGGGUGAGGCGUUCCCGCACGAAUGGUUGAGCGUCUACAUCUUUCACCACAAAUCCACGAUGCGAACCUUGCAGUACUUAUCUAGCAUACUGCUCGAGUCCUUCCUCCCCCACCCCGACGAUGCCGAGAACUUCAACACGGAACUUUGGAAGAUGUUCUUCACGACAAUGCUCAAGUUGGUUGGCAGCCCAUCUCUGGCUCUGGAGACUUUCCCUGAGCAGAAGCGGAGAGCUGUCUGGAAGAUCGCUGGCGACGUGAGGGAACAUGGCGCUGAAUUACUCAGACGAACUUGGGAGGCCAUUGGUUGGGAGACGAGUAGUGACGAGCGUGCACGAUAUGGCUUGUCCAAGAUGGGCGGCUACCAGGUUCAAUACGUCCCCACUCUUGUCGGUCCUAUUGUCGAGCUUUGUCUUAGUGUUCACGAAGGCUUGCGACGUAUGGCUGUGGAGGUGUUGCAGACGAUGAUUGUCAGCGAAUGGACCCUGAGCGAGGACUUGUCCGUCAUCCAGACCGAGAUGAUUGACUGCCUUGACCACUACUUCAAAUCGAAGCCCCUGACCGAGAGCAUCCUGCAGAAGUUGUUCGUUAACGAGGUCUUGGAGAGAUUCGCGCCGCUGUCGACCGUUCCCGACGAGCCUCUUUAUGCUGGUAUCCGCGACCUCAUGGCGACUGUCGACGAGUUCCUCGAUCUUCUUGUUGCCGUGCACAGCAGCGAUAACACGAGCGAAGCAUCCCACCUCAUCAACAGAUUACGCCUGAUGGAAUUCCUCCGCGACAUGCAAAAGGAGGAAAUCUUCAUCAGAUACGUUCAUCAGUUGGCCAUCCUUCAGGGCGAGGCGAGGAACCACUGCGAAGCUGGUUUGGCCCUACGUUUGCACGCCGACCUUUACGACUGGGACCCUACAAAGCAGGUCUCUGCUUUGGAUGACUUGGAUGACACGGAGUUCCCUAUACAAACUUCAUUCGAGCGCAAGGAACGGAUCUACUUCGACAUGAUCAAGCACUUCGAGGAGGGCGAGGCCUGGACUAGCGCUCUGGCUGCAUACCAGGAACUCCGGGUUCAGUACGAGAGCAACGUCUUUGACUUUGCCAAACUGGCCAGGACCGAGCGAGCGAUUGCAACGAUCUACGAGACUAUUUCGAAGAGCGACAAGCUGGUGCCCAAGUAUUUCAAGGUCGUCUAUAAAGGACUUGGCUUCCCCUCCAGCCUCCGAGACAAGGAAUUUGUGUACGAAGGCUCUCCGACAGAGCGUGCCUCUGCCUUUACGGAUCGUAUGCAGGAGCAGUACCCAUCCGCUCAGAUUGUCACUGGUGGCGAUGUCGACGAUGUCGAAGGCCAGUUCCUAGUCGUUUCCGCCAUCACACCGCACCGCGAUCUGUCACAUCAAGUAUUUCAGCGCGCUCGGGUCGCCCAAGUGAUCCGCGAUUAUCUCGUUUCCGCCCAUCCUCAGAGCUUCUCUGUGUCGUCUAAGCGUAGCACGUCUGGCCCUGUCCAGGAACACUUCGCGGAGAAGAUGGUUUUCACCACUGCUGACCCAUUCCCGACAAUUCUUCGCCGCAGCGAGAUCGUGCACACCGAAGAGAUCAAGCUCAGUGCCCGCCAGACCGGCUUAGAGCGCAUUGUGAGGAAGACGCAAGAAAUGACAGUGAUUGAGAAGCGGAUCACUGAGGGCGACGAAGAAAACGCUCAGCUGCUCGUGGACGCAGUAAGUGUGUCGGUCAACCCAGAUUCCGAAAAUAGUGUGGCUUGCUAUCGCCAACUACUGCCGCUCCGUGCGGAACCCGAGGAUGACGAGACCGAUAUGCUGGAAGAAGAAGAGGUUGAACCUGAGCUUGAACCUCAAGACAACGCGAUCAAGAUGGCACUCGUGGACCAUGCGAUUAUGAUCAAGCGGUGCCUGGCAACUUUCUCCAGAAGUACGAAUGAGAUCCUCAACGAAAGGCACGAGGAACUUCAACGAUACUUUGAAAGGACCUUUGCACCCGAGAUUGCCCUUUUCGCUCCUCAGCAGCCAUCCCGGGAGUCUGCCAACGCUUCGCCGACUUAUCGACGGUCGUCGCCAUCUACUGAACACGCAUCACCUCAACCGCAGAGCGUUGUCGGUGCUAUGACGAACGGAGUGGCUGUCGAAGAAGUGUCGACGAUUCAGCCAGUUGCCAUCCGCCAAGGGCGUGGGACGCGUCUAAGCUUCUUGGGAGGUCGUAAGAAGGAAUCUCCAGUUCUGCAGCAGACCAACAGCGACACUCAAACAACCCCGGAAGCAGAGGACACUGUUAGCCAUCGCAGCCGAAGCUUUAGCAAGACACAGGACAACGUGACCAUUACAAGCAAUGCAAACCGUCGCAGCAGCUUCUUCCGAGCUCCGUCCAGCGAUGUACCGCGGAUCCUGGGCAGUAACGAUGCCACCAGCGAAUGGGUAACGGACUCGGGCGGACGGCGCAGUUCAGACGCCGGGACAAACUUGACAGAGAAGGAGCGGGAGUAUAAGGACGAGCGACCUGUAGACGGUCUCGGUAUCGUCAAACGGGGAAGCGUCAGAAAGAGGCUAAGCAUGCUGAAACUUGGCAAGAAGUCUACUAAGGGUAACGGUACCAUGGUCAGCGUGCACGAGGAGUAG